UACCUCAGUGUCUCUCAGCGAAUGGUCCGUCUUGUUCUCGCUCUCGCUCGCCUCGCUGGCAACAAUAGUAUUGAUUUUGUUUGUCUCAAAUGUCUUUGUGCCUUCUUUUGUUUUUGGGGGGCAAGCGCACCCCUUUUGUCCGCCUUGUUGUUGUCGCCCAUUCAGCAAAAGAAACUUUUCUACUCGUGCCUUUUCUGUCUCCGUUCACGUUUGCGUUUCUUUUGAAUUCCACAUGGUUUCUGUCGGUCUCACAACUCUUUGUGCCUUUUUCUCUCACUUCUUGUCGUCGCUGGGACCGUCGUGUGUUGAGGGCGGCGGCUGUGCGCCCCGCUCGUUAGUUUCAGCAGUCACACAUCAAAUGGAGAGAUGAGGAUAGGAAACCUUAAGGAAAUCCAUCCAUUCUUUUUCUACACCGCUUCUCCUCACGCAGGUCGCGGGUAUGCUGGAGCCUAUCCCAUCUAUCUUUGGGCGAGAGGCGGGGUACACCCUGAAGUGGUCGCCAGCCAAUCGCAGGGCACAUAUAAACAGACAACCAUUCGCACUCGCAUUCAACCUAGCAUGCAUGUUUUGGGGAUGUGGGAGGAAACCGGAGUACCUAGGGAAAACCCAGGCAGGCAUAGGGAGAACAUGCAAACUCCACACAGGCGAGGCCUCAGAACUGUGUGGUAGAUGUGCUAACCAGUCGCUCACUGUGCCGCCCCAUUAAGAAAAUCAUGACCAAAAAAAAAACUUUCUAAUGAGCAGCCACACACUUCCUUAGCUGACGUUGAGGUCACAUUUAGGUGAACUGGAGUCUAUCCCAACUGACUUUGGGCAGAAGGCAAGCUAAAACCUGGAGUCGUCGCCACCCAACGGCAACGCGCGUAUUGACCAACAAGCGUUCACACACAAAGACAAUUUGUUGAUCUUCAAUGAUGAUAACUUGCAAACGUCUUGUCUUGGGCACGCGGGAUGGAAGAGCCACAAAAUCCGAACGACACACAGGUUGCAACGCUGAAUGUCAGAACUGUCAGGCCCGCCGCACGCUGUGUGAUGUCCUUGAAUCCAGAAAAUCGCAAAGAAAUGACAGUUGGCAACUCGCCCCGAGCACCUGGAUAUAUGGACACCCUGAACUGCACAUGAAGUCUAUAUUUUCAGUGUUGGGAAGAUGACUUUGCAAACAUAGUUGGUUCCAAUUACAAGCAAUCCUGUUGAAAACACAAAAGUAUUUGCAAUUUUGGUAUUUAUGCAUGAAACAUGAAGUGGAUGCACAUGAUUUGGUUUCGCGGGGCCCCCGGGCCACCAGUUUGACACCUGUGCUCUAGUGGGACGCAAAAGAAUCACUGAAUUCACAAAAAAAGACAAUCAAACAUAGAAUGAACAAAAAUGUCAACCAAUGCCAAGGAAAUGAAGGGAGAUACCAUUUAAAGUACAGUUAAGUUGUAUUUAACUUUUAAGUUCAUUUGUAUUUAAGCUUUACGAAUUUUGUCGUGAAACAUUUUGGUAAAUAAAUAGUCUAAUAUAUUUUAACUGAUUACAUUUAAGCGCAGUCUAAAUCUUCAAACUGCAUAAUAAUACAAUGGCUUUGAAUAAUAUUAGUACACUUUUUUUGUGAAAUAAAAAAAUCUGCGUUGGUUUUGAAACUUGAUGGUGCUAGGAGACCUCUGUGUUAAUGUAGCUGGUACUUAGUGUAAAAAUUGUUUCCUGCAUUAUACGGAAGCAUACCGGUAUUGAAAUCCAAAACUUAGGUUUUUUCUCAGUAAUUUGUAUUUUUCUUCUGUUUUUCAGAUAUAUAUAUUUUUUUAAUACUCUAUAUUGUCGAGAGUGACUCCGUGCAGACUCCUACCCGCACAUAUUCACCCUGCCUUCGACUAUAUACCGUACCGCUUCAGAACACAAAAAAAUAUAUAUAUCACGAAAAACGCGGGGGGGGGAAUUACUGCGAAAACAAUUUUUCCGCCAAAAGACAACAGUGAAUGACUUCGAACAAACGGAUUUGUUUUCCGGUGAAUGCAACAGGCUUCUGUAGUUUUCCGAUGAAUGUUGCGUGAUCUUUUUGCUCCAUCGCGUAAACGUGGACGCGCCCGCGCGCGAGACCGAAGAAAUGACGCAGAUGCUGCGCACGCGCGCCGCCUGCCGUCCAUGUUGUGUCGGCGGAGGAGGCUAAGCGCUAACGGCUAGCUUAGCUCGCGUCGUCCUCCUUUUCGCCUUUCUUCUGGGAUCGGCUGCGCGGACAUGUCCUCGGCUCGUCGCCCCGCCAGGCGGCCGCCGAGCACCGAGACCGUCGUCGCGGCUCUUCUCUAAGCUAAGCUAAGCUAGCGUUAGCCCGCGACGAUGAGCGACGAAAUGUCUCCCGACUUCGUGUUGAUGCGUCUCCUCGUCUCGGCGGCCGAGUACGAGCACCUGGAGCACCUGGAGCACCAGCCCGAACACGUCACGUCCGGGAAAGCCGGCCUGGUUCGCGGCGGCUUCGAUGUGGACUCAGGCGGGGCCCCGACAGGCCUGGGCUCGGCCUCCCCGCACUAUGGCUCUCCUCUGCCCGGCAAAGGCGAGCUGGAAGGCGGACUGCUGAUGCCGCAGGCCCUACCCGACUCCGACGACCCCUCGCUGCCGGCGGAGGAGAACUUCGACUUCCCCAGGUCGACCGGGUCGAGGGCACAGUUGAUGGUGUUCCGGAACCGGAUGUUGGACUUUGGCCUGGAGCAGCCCCCUUUGGGGGGAAACGAGACACGGUGGGUGGACUCCUCGGAGUCAGGUUCUGGUUCGGCCGUCGACGCGGACGAGCGGGACCCCUGCUUCGGCCCGUCUCCUGAGGAGAACCGCCAGUGGCGUCCAGAAGGAUCCGAUCCGUCUGGGUCGGUCCUCUGUCACCCACUAGGUAAGUGGUCUCCACUGACCCUGCUGGAUUCCCGGAGCAAUCGUGGUGCCGGUGAUGAGGAACUGGUCCUGGCUCUGAACCCGGGACCAGACCAGGGAGGAUGCAGGGAAGGCAAUGAAAGGGUAGCAGCCCCCCUCCCUCGGUGCUCCUGUCUCCUGUCCUCCGGGUCAGCGGCGCCAGGCGAGGAUCCGAGCGAAACCAGCGACGCCCUGCUGGUCUUGGAAGGGUUGGGGGCGGACGGAGACGUCGGGGAGGGGGGGACGUGUCGGAGAGCGGGGCCCGUGUUCUCCAGCGGGACCCUCAGCGGGCUAAUGCAGCAGGUCCACAGACUGGCAGGGGAGGCGGGGGUCUGCACCCAUCAAACGUGGAGGACCCCCACGGCUAGCUCCCUCCGGGACCGGACCGGCACCUGUCUCCGAGCUGCCCCCCCGUCCCCCGCCCCUGAACCGCAGCGUCGCCCCCAGCACCAGUCCCGUUCCCAACCUCAGAGCCGGGCCACCACCCCCAAAUUGGGCUCGGCCACGGGCGGGCGCUCCGCCUCCCCCCUGGUGGUCCUUGAAGGGGACCCGGGCGGUGACAGGAUGCCCAGGGGCAAGCCCGGGAAAGCGGGGUCCCUGAAGGUGCGCCUCAGUAAACUGUUCCGAACCAAGAGCUCGUGCGGGGGGGCGGGGGGCAUCCUGGACAAGAGGCCGUCCAUCACCUCGUCCACCUUGUCGGCGGGGAGUCUGGUGGACGUGUGGGGGUCCACCUGCGGCAACACGGAGGACGGCGGCAGGCUGCAGACGCCUGCGCUGACGUGCACGCCGCCCUUCACCGGUGAGACGGUCUCCUUGGUGGAUGUGGAGAUCUCUCGGAGGAACUGCCUCCACCCUCCGACUCCUCCACCUCCACCCAGACGGAGCCUCAGUCUGCUCGAUGAUUUGGGGGGUCCCCCUCCACCGCGGGUUCCUUCGUCCGAGCGUGUCGGUGGGGCGUCGAUGCAGUCUCUGCCACCCCGCCCGGUGGGCGAGCCUUCCUCCCUGAGCACCAUCCAGCACAGCCUGAGUCUCAACGACUCAUUCCUGCGGGGGCUGCCCAGGCCCGUCCCCCUGCGGGCCGACGCCCGGCACCCGCCGCCGCACCGCCAGGCGCCCCGCCGCUCCCUCGAGCGCCCCGACGGCGGCAACUUCGCCAGCAGCCUCCGAGAACUGGAAAAGUGCGGCUGGUACUGGGGUCCCAUGACGUGGGAGGACGCCGAGAUGAAGCUGAAGGGCAAAGCCGACGGCUCCUUCCUGGUGCGCGACAGUUCCGAUCCUCGCUACAUCCUCAGCCUGAGCUUCAGGUCGCAGGGCGUCACGCACCACACGCGCAUGGAGCACUAUCGAGGGACGUUCAGUCUGUGGUGUCACCCCAAGUUUGAGGACCGCUGCCAUUCAGUGGUGGAGUUCAUCGAGCGCGCCAUCACGCACUCCAAGAACGGAAAGUUCCUCUACUUCCUGCGCUCCCGAGUGCCAGGUCUGCCACCUACGCCGGUGCAGCUGCUGCAUCCCGUGUCACGCCUGAGCAGAAUCAAGUCCCUGCAGCACCUGUGUCGCUUCUGCAUCCGCCAGCUGGUCCGCGUGGACCACAUCCAGGAGCUGCCGCUGCCCACGCCGCUGAUCGCCUACCUGCGCAAGUUUUACUACUACGACCCCGAGGAGGAGGCUGGCGACACGCAGACGUAGCGAAUCGGCACGCGCUGUCCAAUGAUGAAGUUAAAGCCGGCCAGCCAAUCAGCUCCCUCGCUCUGUGGCGUAUCUGGGUGGCUCCUCUGAGUCUGAUUGGCUGCUGAGGUCAGCGGGAGGAAAAGAACUGCUCGUCUUCUGUCGGCGCCGUCGUGUUUUAGCGAGGACGCUUACCGCGUGGCUCCCUGGAUCCUUCGAAAUAAAAAUUGUUUACAGGACGCCAGCGUGCAGGAAGUUGAUGCGGUCGCAUGUAAAAGAAUCCCAAGCGCCGCCGCCGCCAUCCUGGUGAGUGACAUUCAGGAUGUGGGCGGGGCCCGGGCCCUGACGAUGUCACGGAACUCGUGCUGGGACACACAUCCGUAAUGAUGUCAUCAUUGUGAGAUGUCAAUAAAUGUGGGCGGGGCUCCUCUGCCUGCUUCCCGUU